GACUUGAAAGAGAGGAAUGGUCUUCGUCGUCGUCAUCCAUUCAUGCAAUUCCGACUCAUAGGAUACAUUACAAGAAAAUGAGAUCGCAACAAGAAAUGUCUCGAGAUGAAGGUGGAAAAGAAGUGACAUUAAUGUCUCUUGGAAAACCUCAUCGUCCUGUCGCACGAGGAAUUCUAUUUAGUAGAGACCCAUCUACUAUAGUUGGAGGAGAACGACUAGGCCAACAGUAUUGGGAGGUCUAUGUUGAGGUUGCUAUAAUACCCAAUGAGAGCCUGAUUCGUAAUUUCCAAAAUUUGAAGACAAUCGGUGAUGCUGCUAGAAAAUCAAUUGCUUGGCCUUCUUUUCUUGUUAAAGAAGAUGGAAGAUGAAGAAGCUAUGUGAUCUUCAGAAUGUUUUGGAGAUAGCCGCUUUGAAGCCAAUUGAUUGGCAUGUUAUGCAAACCUUUUUUGUUGUUUUGAGUGGCUUAUAGAUAUUGUAUAUGUUGUUUCAGACCUUUUGAGUUUCGAACAGGUUAUAUGAAAUUUUUGUUGAAGUCUU